AUGUCACUCUUCAGAGCAGGCAACGCCGCUUGCUUCCGGGCUGGUAGGCUCGCUGUUCCUGUCAAUGCGCGUUUCAUUUCCUCGAACAACCGCGCUGGUGACCCCGGUGUGAAAACCAGCUCUGCAGACGCACCUGGCACACCUUUCAAGGACAGCUCUCUGGUUCGCAAGGAGACCCCAUCCGAGGCAAUGGCUCGUCACCAGCCUGACUAUGAGGCCACGAUUGAUCAUGCUACAUCUGUAUUCUCGCCUGUCCCGAAGCGUGUUAUGGAUGGCAGCGAGCCCGGUGAGACUGUAGCUGCUGCUGUUCUCUCCGGUGCUCCCACGGAUCUUCAGGCUCGAACCGUCAGGAUCUACCGCCCCACGAAGCCCGCAACGCAGUCUGGUACUUGGCACGGACACCACUGGAGAAUGGACUGGGAUAUUCUGCAGAAGGGUCACCGCUGGGAGAAUCCUCUGAUGGGCUGGCAAUCUUCCGGCGAUUUCAUGCAGGGCACCCACCUCAACUUCAAGUCGAAGGAGGACGCCAUCCUCUUCGCGCAGAAGCAGGGAUACGAAUACUUUGUCCAGGAACCCAAUGUGCGUCGCUUCGUUCCCAAAGCCUACGCCAACAACUUCGUCCACGAACCCAAGAAGCUGAAGCACAUCCGGACCAAGUGA